UAAUGAUUAAUGGGAGAUGAAAGAAGGAAAAAAAAUAUUUAAGUUCUGCUCCACUUUUCCCUUGUCUCGUUUUGGGAUUUUUUCUAAUUGUUGUUUUGUUGUUGUUUUUGUUUUGUAUUUCUGUUGAAAUGCUGUAUAAAUGGACCAUUUGGAGCCAAAAUCUGAUAAACAACCAAGGUUGAAAUGUAUACUUAAAGCUAUGCAAGACAUUUCGAUGACAUUUUGAAUUAUCUUUUACGGGGAACUGAUAACAGACAUCUGAAACAUGACGAGUGGCAUCAACCAGCACAGUUCCUUUGUAAUGAAUCUCAAAAAUCCCCUAAUUUAAUCUCUGUCUAGUGUUUUAAGAGCUCAGUUUAGUUCAUGGGAACUGUGAAAAUGACUUACUGAGAAAUAAAUGUAAUGGAGAACUAAGUAGCAUAAAAUGGAAAUACUCAAGAAAAGUACAGAUAAAUAUUCUAAAAAAUAAGUAAACUACUUGUCACAAAAGCACCCAUCAAGCCCACAGCAUUAAAUCAAACGCACAUCAUCUGAACAGAUUUACAUGUUUUACAGACCAACUCUGAUCAUGUGACUCAGUAGAUGAAUAAAAUGUUUAGAUGCAGAGUGAGCAGCUACAGAUACGAACAUCUCACAUUACAAGCUGGAUCCUCCCUCACACACAAAUAUUAUUAAACAGCUGACUCUUCAGAAAAAUGUAAUUUAGCUUUGGUUUUCUCAGUACAAAGAGUCUUAAGUCUUUUCUCAUGAAUGUCAUCAUUUUAUUUGCUGUCACAAAAUGAGAUCAUCCUCUUUAUAUUUAUUUCCUCCUAAAAAUACAUGUUAUGCAAGCUUUUGAUGGUUGUUUUGCUGUAUUUAGAAGUUUAUGUAAUAGAGAUGAAAAGAGAAAUACUUUUGAUAACUUUGUCACAUUUGUAUAUGUACAUAAAUCUUAAUAAUAAUCAGUCCAAUAACUCUGUAGCUCCUUGAAUGGUUUAACCUAAGGUCACAACAUUCUAAUUUGUCUAAUAAAUUGACUUGUAAGCAGAUACCUUUCAAACUAACAGUUGUAUUUUUUGCUAAUUAAUUAACUGAACAUCAUCUGCAACUCUUAACUUUAACUCCUUCACGCUGAACUAAUGUACACUACCAGUCAAGAGUCUGGACAGACCUUCUCCUUCAAUGGUUUUUAUUUAAUUAUUUUCUAGAUUGUGGAUUAAUACUGAAGACAUCAAAACUACAAAAGAAAACAUAUGGAAUUAUGUUGUAAUUAAAAAAGUGUUAAUGUUCAGUAUUAGUCUACAAUGUAGAAAAUAAUGCAAAUAAAUCACAAGAAAAGCACUCAGAGAGCGCAGUACUCCACCAAGGCUGUUCAUUCCCCCAUAUGACAUUGUCAGAAAUGCAACAUUUUUUUUCGUAGAAAUGCAGCAUUGCUUAUCAGUUAUUGAUGAUCAGAAAUCACACCAACAUAGAAUGUGUCCAUUUAAUAUAGAUGUACCCUCAAACAAAAUGACCUUGACCUGAGCACAGGUGUGUGUUAUGCAUGUGUACGUUAUGCAUGGAUACUGAAUCGCAUGACUUGAAUAUAUAGCAAUCAGCAGGAACUGAUGGGAAAAAUCUCCACAAUUGAAUCAAUUGUUCCUUGUAUCAUUUGCAAUGGAUAUGCCCAGAUAAGUCCGCAGCAGCUGAUUUGUAGUAGGAUCGCAAUUGUGAUCGUAGCAGGCAGCUGACAUAGCGUUCACUUGUUGUCAUAGUUACAGUGACGCUGUGCUGCUUUCUUGCAAUGAUACAGAAAUAUUGAACAAAUCCAUGGAUCAAAACUAUAAGCCACAUCACUGCCAAAAUCUAAUGAAGUGGUCUUUGUGUCAUUUCUGUCCUUCCCUGAAAACUUCGUCCAAAUCCAUUGAUCUAUUUUUGAAUAAUGUUGCACACAGACGGAAUAACAGAUACGCCGAUUGUCACAUAACUCCACUGCAUGCCUUGGUGGGGUAAAAAGCCUUCAAUGAGAAGGUGUGUCCAAACUUUUGAUUGGUAGUGUAUGUACUACAUAUUAUAUAUUCGUUAUUAUUUUCAUGCCAUUAAUGUUGCCCCCGACUUUAUUGUACAAUCACCUGUAGAGUUUUCCCCCUUUAACACUUUUCAACAGUCAACUAAAUUCACUUUGACAUGAAAGAGUCUUUAUUUUUUGUCAGUGAGGCCAAUUUGAAUAGACCAUGAUUGAAUAUUGAAAACUUCCAAGAGGGGUAAAAAUAACCUGUAUGCAGCAUAUAUAAGGUAUUAAUAACCUGAAUUUGUUGCUAAUAACUCAUCCGCAGUUUCUACUAAACUUUUGAUCUACUUUUAAACAUGCUUUCUUUUAUCUAUAUUUACCCAUAAUAGUCAAAGACAUUUUUUUCUGUCUUUCUUUGACCCUUGUUUAAAUGCAUUUAUGCUUUUCCGUGUAAGCACUUUGAGAGUCAGAUUCCUCGUAUGUGCACUCAUACUUGGCUAAUAAAGCUGAUUUUAAUUCUAUUUACAAAUGUUAGCAUGCUAACUCACUAUACCAAGACAGUGAACAUAGUAAAAGCUACACCUGCAUGUUAGCAUUGUCAUUCUAAAGGUGCAUUUGGCCCAGAAUACUGAAAUAUAAGCUUACAGAUCUGCUAGCAGGGCACUUGUUUUAGACGUAGUCAGGUUCUACUGUUCAGUCCUGGGUUACUUUAAUCAUACUUCUCAUCUAUGAGUCAUAAAAUAUUGCCCAGCUUCCUUUAGACUGGUAAAACUCCCCAGUAUUCAUGAGAAAUACUGCAGUCUAAAUUUUUCUGAGCCAUUGUUGAUGCUCUGAUAACAGACACAGUAGAUAGCAACUACAAACCACAGACAUCAUGUUGAAACACAUUACAUCUCUAGACGAAGACAAAAACUGCAGUCUUUUGAAAGCAGGCCAGCUGCCCCUCUCAGCCCAUAGAUAAUCAUAACGGCAUGACCCUCAGAUGCAUGAUCUGUAUUCUACCACAACUAAUGACUUAGGAUCCUGUUGGAGCUCGUAUUGACAGACAGAUCAACAGGCAGAACGCAGCAGAUUUAGAGCUCUGCAGCAGGUUGCUUUCUGUGGCAUUCAUGUGACAUGUCUUCUCAAGAGAUACCCGACCAACUGCCACCCACUGAGUGUUUUUUUUUUUGCUUGCUCAAAGUUUGUUCCGCUUCCCCCUCGCUCUGUACGGCUGCAUACCUAACCAGCAGGAAUGUGAUUGUGCUGCAGCUGAGCAGCCGUCAGACUUGUGGCUACAAGCACACAGCUGAUUGCAUCACAUCCCAGUGAGUUAUCUGCCUGAGUCUGAGGGUGUGUUUGUGAGAGAGAGAGAGAGUGUCCCGUCCCCCCCUCCUUUCCUUCCAGUUAACAUGUUAAGUCAGAUCAGGAAGUGUGAUGCUGUGACAGUACAGAAGGAAGCGGGCACACAAUGGCGUUAAAAUGAGAGGCCCCCGGCUGAAGACCCCUCUGCUGCUGCUGCUGCUGCUGCUGCUGCUGCUGACCUCUCUGACUGGCACAGCGCUUUGCCAUGAAGAUGACGGCACAGACCCUGAAACUUGGGCAGAAGAAGAAGAAGAAGAGGUGCCAAACACUGAACCAGCAGAUUACGUCGCUACAGAAAUCCCAGCAACAACCCCCUCACUCACAGAAAUCGCUGAUUCAGACCCAGCUGACGAGAACACAGAAGACCACAGCUCAGGACACAGUCCCAUCGAAACAGAUGAAACAGACAUUGACGUUUCACCAGCACCUACAGAGUACUCCAAUGCCACAGACGGAACCUCUGUAUCACAGAAGGAAGAGGGUUUGAGUCCCAUCAUCAUCUUGAUUCCUGUGGUGCUGGUGGUCCUAAUCAUUGGCAUGAUAGUUUGUGGUAUUUUCAUUAACCGCAGGUGGAAUAAAAAAGCGAGAAAUCAAGAGCUCAGUAAAGAAGAUCCAUAUUUGGAUGGAUCCAGCACAGAGAAGGUGCCAAUGCCGAUGUUUGAAGAAGACGUGCCGUCUGUGCUGGAGCUGGAAAUGGAAGAGUUGGACCAAUGGAUGAAAAAAGACGGUGGAGCUGCAGAGGACGCUAAACAAACAUAACUGCAUUUUCCGUUAAAGGAUGCUCUCUAUAAAGGACCCACAGUCAACAAUGCUCUAUCACCAGCUCAGAUCUUCUGACCUUUCGACAACAAUCCAGCAACAUUUGUGACCAUAGGAGUUCAUGUGAUGGUCAGAAAACAACACCACAACACCUAAAGGACACUUAAAAACAUUAUUUUUGUAUUUAUAGUAAAACAAUCAGCAAUUGAAACACAUCUGAAUGUUUUUUUAAAUGCAGCACCUGAUAGUCUUCACUGUUUUUUAUGCCUAUUGAACAUGUUUACCAGUUAUACAGGUGCAUUUUCAGUAUUUUAUGUCUCAGCGAAUCAGCCAGAUUGAACAAUGCUACAUUUAAAUUGUAAAAAACUCAGUCUGGUAGUUGCUGAAUGUUCUCUGUUCUGCAGAUUUAUUCUGUUAAAGGGCAUUCAGUCAACAAAAAGUGCAACUAGAUCAAUAUCUUUCUCCAUCCUCACAGAUACGACUGCUCAUAGUGUGUCGUUAUGGCUUUUCCUCAGCUCAAAGCCUCUUUGUUGUAUUACACUCUGCAGAUUUUAAUGAGGAAACAUCAACUCAAGACUGUAGCCAUGCAUGACUGAGAAAACCGCUAAUUUUUUUUUAUGUCUGCGCAAAGCUGCUUAGAAUUUAUGGAGAAAGUGUUUUUUCUUUAAAUCACAGAGCAUGAAAAGCCAAGUCUGCUGUUUCUGAGGCUUUUGAUAAAUUAUUGCCCAUCACUGAAAGAGCUUUGUAAAAGCUGCGACUGAUAAGAUGUGUAUCUCACCUCAGAUAGUAACUCUCAGUUUUUUGCCUUGAAAGUGUUGAAUCCCAGCAGUCGUAACAAUGAUCUAAAUGUGAGCUCUGCUUCCUUUCAGUGUCAUUCAGUAUUGUGCAGGAUCUUCCACUGUAAAUAUGAGAAUACAGUAUGACUUAAGAUGUUCUUUUUCAUAGAAUGCCUUUUGUAAAUAUUUCAUAUUAGGCACUCAUGUUGUUUUGCUGAUGAAGCUUUUAUUAAAAUUUCAAUAAAUAAUUUCUCCUGAUUAAAUUA